AAAGAAGAGACAUGGCUUGAAACUUGCUUGAAUAUUAAAUGCCAUGAUAAUUCAAGAACGAAGCGUUGACAUUUGAAAUGAAAUUUUCCAAAACAUGCCAGCUUCUGAACAUGUUCUUCUCCAUAAAUUCAGGAAGCAAAAUUUAAACAAGAAAGUCUUAAUCCUCCCAUGGCAGAGCCAAGACCAUACCAACGUCCUCCUCAGGUAUUCAUCAGUUUCCAUGGAGAUGAAUUACGCGACAAUUUCAUCAGAUAUCUUGUGUGGGGAUUGAGAGAUGAAAGAGUCAACGUUUUCAUAGACAGAGCAGAAGCAAAUAGGAGAGACAUAAGAAAUAUUUCCACAAAGAUCGAGGAGUCUAAUAUCGCGGUCAUAAUCUUCUCCAAGAGGUAUACAGAGUCAGAGAUGUGUUUGAACGAGCAUCAAAAGAUGCACGAGCACGUAAAACAAAGCAACCUCAAGGUGAUACCUGUCUUCUACGAUGUGAGCAUAAGCGAUGUAAAGAACCUCGAGGGUGAAUUCGGUAAUCAUUUCGAGGAAAUGAAGAUGAAAUAUGCAAAUGAUCCACUCAAGAUCUUGAAUUGGGAGAAUUCAUUGAGUUCAAUAGUAGAGAGGACCGGCUUAACCUCAGAAGAACACGGAACAGGUUUAGGUCUGGUCAUGGCAAUCGUUAGGGCGGUUAAGAGCGAGCUAACAGACUCUCUAGAAAGAAGAAAGAUUAUGAAAGGACAAGUGUUUGUUUUGGCUUCAGCUGCGGUUUUUAUCUUUAGUCUCUUUGUAGCUCGUUUACUUUGCACUGAUGUGAAAGUUUACAAAGCUGUUAAGUGUUUACUAGGUUUUCUGGUUUUGGUUGGUGUCUUGCACCAGCUUUAUUGUUUACGGAAACAUCCGAACAGAUAACUUCUUGAUUGAUCACCAUUUCGUGGUUGAAUGGUUUCGCGCUGUUUGGUUGAUCACCAUUACGUCUCUGUUUAAUUGUUAUUUACCUGUAUUACUCUGCUUUUGUCCGCAAGCUUAUAUGAGAAAGACAGUUUCAUGUA